UUACCUAAAUCACCACCUCCGCGACGACGUGGCCGCCGCCUAAACCCCACGCGCGCUCCCUCAAAUCAAUUCUAAACCCCGACGAGCCGCCGGCUUCUUCUUCCUCCGCAAGCCACCUCGCCGCCGGCGGGGCCUCGAUGGGGAGCAGGGUGGCCGCGGCACUGCUCCGUCGCGGCAGGGACCAGGCGCCGACUCUGGUGAUCCCCCGCCUGGUCCCGAGGAGCGCUCCCGCUCCCGCUGUUCCUAGGAUCGGAUCCAGCUCCGGCGGCGGCGGUGGAUGCCUCCUCCCACCGCGGCCGGGGUCGACGGGGGCCUUCUCCUCCGCUUCCCGAUUCGCCUCCUUCCACGCCUUCCGCUCCCUCGCCCCCAAGACCUUACUGGGCCAAUGCACAAGAAAAAUGUCAACUAGCACAGCAACAUUGAAUUCGACGAUGGCCAAUGGAGCAGCGAAUUCAGGAUUGAAGUUGCUUGUUACAAAAGGGCCUCAAGCACAGAAGGCAGUUGGGAUAUGGCUUUUUGGCUGUGCUGCCUGGGUGUUCAGCUUGGUCAUACUUGGAGGAAUAACCCGGCUCACACGUUCUGGUCUGUCAAUGACUGACUGGAAGUUCACCGGGGAAAUACCUCCAAUGUCAGAUGAGGCUUGGCUGCUGGAAUUUGAGAAAUACAAGCAAUCGCCUGAGUACAAGAGGGUGAACAAAGGAAUGAGCCUUGAGGAUUUCAAAUUUAUAUACUGGAUGGAAUAUGGACACAGAAUGUGGGGAAGAGCUUUGGGCUUUGUAUUUGCAGGUCCUUUUGCAUACUUCAUUGCAAAAGGGUAUGUUACCCGCCAACUUGGACUGAGGCUAUCUGCCCUUUUUGCGCUUGGUGGUGGGCAGGGACUGAUUGGCUGGUGGAUGGUGAAAAGUGGCCUUGAGGAGCCAACAUCUGAGUAUGUUCAACCAAGGGUUAGCCCAUAUAGGUUGGCAACUCAUCUGACAUCUGCGUUUGUAAUAUACUGUGGUAUACUGUGGACUGCUUUGUCAGUUGUGAUGCCUGAUCCUCCGUCUGGAUCAAUGAACUGGAUAAAUGGUGCAGCAAAGAUUAGAAAGUUAGCAAUUCCUGUCAGUGCUGUAGUAGGCAUUACUGCUAUAUCUGGAGCAUUUGUUGCAGGCAAUGAUGCUGGGCAUGCAUACAAUUCAUUCCCAAAGAUGGGUGACACUUGGAUCCCAGAAGACAUAUUUAGUAUGGAGCCUUUCAUACGCAAUUUUUUUGAGAAUACAUCUAUGGUUCAGCUCAAUCAUCGAAUUCUUGCAACGACCACUUUAUUGUCUGUGGGUGGUUUAUGGUUGGCUGCAAGGAGAAUAGACAUGCAUCCUGCAGUCAAGUCUCUGAUUGGAAGCACGCUUGGGAUGGCUGCUCUUCAGGUUACGUUGGGCAUAUCUACACUCUUGAUGUACGUUCCUACUUCUUUGGGCUCAGCGCAUCAAGCUGGAGCGUUGACUCUAUUGUCACUGAUGAUCCUUCUCACUCACACUCUAAGGAGGCCAUCACCAGCUCUUCUUAAAUCCCUUGCGAAUUCUGUGAAAUCAUCAUGAUACUAUGACUUGAAAUUUUUGAUCAGACAAUUGUCGGAUGAUUUUCUUUUCCCCUUCUAACAUGCUCUGGUGUCCUUGUUUCUUGACACCAUCUAAUUACUGAAGCUUUUUAACGGAAAAGAUUGUGACUUGAAUAAAUUGUCCCCAGUAUUUUCUAGUGCCAAAUAUUCAAAAUCUUUUA